GGCCGAAGAGCGAAGUGGAAAUUUUUGCUCAGAAAUAAAUCUGCGGAAAAUCCGCGCAGCACAAACUUUCUUUCGCUGUGGACUUUACCUCGCACAUUCGCCAUUCGUACGUAGAUCGUGACGGACGCAUUUUCGGCAGACAACGCGGUUUCAGUGCUCUACAAAGGGCGCUCAAUAGCCACUAAAUCAGAUCAGGCCCCAUCAGACGGUCACUGCCCGUUGGCUUGAUCGUUGGCGACAAUUUUCCUCGCUUUACCGAACCCACUCAAGAUCAAGCCAAUUAAUCACGGACUUUCAGAGCUGGGGAUCUGCAAGGAUCCAAUUACCGCGGCCAGGUCUGGGCGAGCUCGUCAACAAGGAAGUCUUAGUGGACCAGUGGAUCAUUAGAUGUGUGUUGAUUAGUGAAAGUGACAUGAUUCAGGAAGCUGUUUGUGACCAUCGAUGCGAUGCGCAUUGAAUGAGUGUGCAGAUAUUUAAUUUGAGUGGGCCAUCCGUAGAUUAAUGUGAUCGAGUUUCCGAUUGUCGCCUGGUGAACAGUGGCAGUUGACACGAUCGUCGAACGUUACGACGCCUCUUUCGGGACUGUGUGUGUUUGUCAUUAGCAAAAGAUAAUAAAAGUCCACAAAAUUUACGACACCUCCUCCAAUGACCAACAUCGGUCGAAGAAAGGAAUAUUGUUCUGACGAGAAAAUAACCUCCGCUGUGUGAAGGCGUCGAAGCCGAGAACGGAAGCGGGUGGGUGUUGUUGGAAAGUGAAAAGAGUGACCUUUUAGCUCCUCGGUGUUGGCGCAGCUGGGGGAAAUUUUUGCCGUGUCUUCUCGCGUGAGGUCGUCGAAGAAAAUCGAACGCACGCGUUCGGAAAAAAGAAGCAAAAUACAAAACGGCACCAAACAAGCCGUAGACAGAGGAUAGUAAACAAUCCCGGGCGGUUUCGAGAUGUUCAAGGUCGACGAAAACUAUCCCGCGCAAGAACUCGCACCAGCAUUUCCUUACCGACAGGUGCAGCUGAAGGAAAAUGUCGAUCCACGGCAGAGCUUCGACAUCCUACCGGAACUGGGCCGGGGUACGUUCGGGACGGUGUUCCUAUGCCGGGAAAAGGCAACCGGACUGGAACUGGCAGCCAAAAUAGUGUCCUGCAAGAAGAAAAAAGAACGCACCGACGCUAUACAGGAGAUCGACAUCAUGAGCUGCCUGCACCAUCCCCGGCUGAUCCAGCUCUUCGAUGCGUUCGACUACGAAAACAAAGUCUAUGUGAUACUAGAACUAGUCCAAGGUGGUGAGCUGUUUGAGCGAGUAAUUGAUGACGACUUUGUGCUGACAGAGAAAGCAUGCGCCGUGUUCAUGAGACAGAUCUGCGAGGGCAUGGAAUACAUUCACAGCAGGAGUAUAAUUCAUCUUGACAUGAAGCCGGAAAACAUUCUGUGUCUCACAAAGACUGGCAAUCGGAUAAAGAUCAUUGAUUUCGGUUUUGCCAGACGGUAUGACCCAAACAAAAAGCUUCACGUCAUGUUCGGUACACCUGAGUUCACUGCCCCGGAGGUUCUCAACUAUGACGAAAUCUACUUCUACACGGACAUGUGGAGCCUGGGAGUUAUCUGUUACGUUCUACUGUCCGGUCUGUCGCCGUUCGUUGGCGACAACGACAUGGCCACCAUGAACAACGUGGUCACCGGAAGCUACUCGUUCAAGUACAACUCGUUCGACGCCGUGUCCGAGGACGCCAUGGACUUUGUGCGCCAGCUGUUGGUCCGAGACGGUUCCAAGCGGCUCACCGCCAAGCAGGCCCUCUCGCACAAGUGGCUCGCGGAGACGGCUCCCCAGAACACGACCGAACUAUCGGUAACAAAAACAAAAUUGAAACGUUAUGUUAUUAAGAAACGGUGGAUCAAGGCGGUCAACACGAUCAUCGCGCUGCGGCGGAUGGGCGCCCGGAUCGACUUCGAUCUGAUCUGAUCGAAUGGGGCGUGGGGCAGUUGGGGGGGCGCAACAGAAAAGACGGAGUCUAUUCUUAGGGGAGGGAAACCAGAACGGGUUAUUAUUUAGGCUAGGAAUGAUGUUAUUUUAAUUUUAUGUCUAUUUGUGUUUAGGAAGAUGUGAGAAAAUUAUGAUCGAUUGUUUAAAAUUUUAGCAAGUAAGUAAUUAGUGAUAAUGACACAGCGAAUGUAAUGUAAUGUUAUGUGAAAGUAUUUUAUUUUAUUUGUUUGUUCAAACUUAGUAACAUGAUCCAGAUACUUCACAUUAAAUCGUCUGUUAUACAACACGAAUUCACCGUUCGUCACUUGAAGUUAAAAAGUCUUUUUUCAGAAUUUUUCAAACGAUUAGGAGAAAACAGCAUUCGUUGAAUAACUAAAAGUCCCGUCUUCCCGUGGUACACACCACACUAACAACAGACGAAUAUUUUAGUCAUUCAACAUUUGGUGAAGAACCCAACUAUAAAAAUCUUGAGUGAGAUAGAAAAUAAACUCAAAUAAAUUACCAUCGAAGCACUUAGAUCCAGGUGGACUAG